GUGGUUUCCGAUCCGAGCGGACGCAUCGCCGCUCUCCUUCCGUGCCCGGACAAACUUUACGCGAGUGCUGUGAGUGAGUGUGGAAGCGCGAUAUGCCGCGAGCCGCCCGCGCCGCCGCGGCCGUGUUCGCGUGCGCGGUGCUGUCGAUGGUCGCCGCCGCAGCACCGCCCGACCCUUGUUACGAGGAUGGCCGUCCGCGUCGCUGCAUCCCCGACUUCGUCAACGCCGCCUUCGGUGCUCCCGUGUUGGCCUCGUCCGUCUGUGGCCGCCGCGGCCCCGAGCGCCUCUGCGACCCUCCCGGCGACCAACCUGUCGAAAAUGCUUGCCGCGUCUGCGACGCCGCGAGAUCCGAUCGCCGCCAUCCGUCGACCCACCUCACCGAUUUGAACAACCCGCAUGACGUCACCUGCUGGCGAUCCGCUGCUCUCCCUCCCGCCUCCUACGACUCCCCUCCGGACAACGUUUCCCUCACCCUAUCCCUCGGGAAGAAGUACGAGCUGACUUAUGUCAGUUUACAGUUCUGUCCGAAAGCUGCUCGGCCUGACUCCGUUGCCGUUUACAAGAGUGCCGAUUACGGCGUGACAUGGCAACCUUUUCAAUUUUACUCGAGCCAGUGCCGGAGAGUGUAUGGGCGCCCGAACAAAGCCACCGUGACUGCUGCUAAUGAGCAGGAGGCCAGGUGCUCGGAUUCGCACAGAUUAGCCGGGGAUAGUGCGGGUGGCGCUCGACUCGCUUUUAGCACGCUCGAGGGUCGCCCCAGUGCAGCUAGUUUCGAUGUGUCGCCGGUUCUGCAAGAUUGGGUGACGGCUACCGAUGUGAGGGUGGUGUUCAAUCGGUUGCACAUGGUAAACGAGGGGGAUGAGGUGGAUAGCAAAAAGCAAGCGGCUGCCGGUACGCAGCAUUAUGCCGUGUCCGAUUUCGCGGUGGGCGGUCGGUGCAAGUGCAACGGGCACGCGUCGCGAUGCAUCCCAAUGAAGUCGACCGAGGAAGGCGGCUCGGGCGCCGGCGUGACGCAGCUGUCGUGCGACUGCAAGCACAACACCGCUGGCCGUGACUGCGAGAGAUGCAAGCCCUUCCACUUCGACCGACCCUGGGGACGAGCCACUGCUAGAGACGCUAAUGAAUGCAAAGAAUGCAAUUGUAACGGGCAUGCUCGCCGCUGUCGGUUCAACAUGGAACUCUAUAAGCUGUCAGGACGGGCCAGCGGCGGCGUCUGUCUCAAAUGCCGUCACUACACAGCCGGUCGGCAUUGCCACUACUGCAGAGAGGGUUAUUACCGCGACCCUACGAAGCCUAUUACCCACAAGAAGGCAUGCAAACCAUGCGACUGCCAUCCAGUAGGAGCGAGUGGGAAGACCUGCAACCAGACAUCGGGGCAGUGCCCAUGCAAGGACGGCGUCACCGGCACCACCUGCAACCGCUGCGCGAAAGGCUACCAGCAGAGUCGAAGCCACAUCGCACCCUGCAUACGUAUUCCUCGGGUGGUGACAGCUGUGCAGGCUAUAGAAGCGAUGGAGGGCGAGCCGGGCCGCGCAGCGGAUCAGUGCGGCCGGUGCCGCGCGGGCGCACGCACUCUAAACCUCCACAAGUACUGCAGCCGAGACUACGUCAUAAUGGGCAAGGUGGUAGGUCGCGAGGCGGGCACCGGCGGCGAAUGGAUGCGGCUGACGCUGAGCGUGCAAGCCGUGUACAAGCGCGCGCCGCGCAGCCGUCUGCGCAGAGGCACCACGCAGCUCUUCGUGCGCGCGCACGACCUCGCCUGCAAGUGCCCUAAGAUGAAGCUCAACAAGUCGUACCUAAUCCUAGGAGUGGAAAAAGAGGGAUCAUCGGCCGGGCUUCCAGGCUUAACAGUAGGGGACAAGACCUUGCUCCUGGAGUGGCGUGACGACUGGCACCGACGCAUUCGUCGCCUCCAGCGCCGCGCCAUCAACUGCCAUUAGCUCACGCAGAAAAAAAAACAACCAACCGAACCGUGCGAACAGCCAAUGUUAAGAAAGCAACAAAAACCUGUGGGAAUAUUUUCACGGGUCGAUACGUGUUCUUGUUAUAAUGAUCUUAAAAUUAUUCCGUCUUGUUCCGUGAAAAUGUAAGUAGAUUAACUAUAACUGCCAAUAUACCGUGCUGUACUAUCUUUAUAAUGAAUUACAAUAAUGCCUAGUCGGGUUUUAGGGGUAACGUAUUGUUCGGAUAAAUUUAUUAUAUUUCGAACGCUAUUGUAACUCAGAAAGAUAUUUAUCAUUCUACAUCGUACAAUUAUUAUAAUAGUCGAUUAAAUUUUGAAUUUAUUCUGAAAGAUAAAAAAUAAAGAAUGUGUAAGUUUCUGCUUAUAACUUUCAUUUUAUUAAAUUUGGAUAAACCUAAAUAAACA